UUCCUAGAAAUUUUGAGUUCGUUGUAUGGGCUGUUUUUUUGCCUGACUUAUCAUUUUAUUCCACAUCGUUUCUAAGUUGAGCGUUCAGUAAGUUGUCAGUUUAUUUUAGUAUUUCACUGUGAAAGGUGGGUGAAGAGUUGAUUUGGUGUUAAAUAAUAAAUGUUUUGUAAUUAUGGGAACUAAAAGAAAAAAUAUAGAAGAUGAACUUUCCCGUUUUGAAGCGGAAAUAUCAAAACCUACAACAACCAUUCCGGUACGAAAUUUGUUUGUACCAAAUCAGGUGCGUCCGAUAAUUGCAGCAAACACGUACACGACAGUACAGCAAAAAUUACAACAACAACCAAUAAAUAUAUUAGGCCCAUCUCCUGUUUCAGCACCAUCCAGGCCAGCGCCUGCACCACCACCAGCAUUUCUACCAACAUUUGUGCCAACUCAAGUUACGGGUAUGGCACCGAAACAAUCUAGCAUCGCAAGCACUCCGAUUGUAUUGAGUAGCGCACCAAAGUUAUACCAAAGCAGGCAGACAGUAAAUGUUCCUAGCGCGCCACACAUUGAUAUUAAUAAUAUACAGUUUGAUGUAACGCAAAAAUUAAAAAAACUCAAAGCUGAAAAAUCUGGACCAAAUCCUAUAGCAGAAGAAGCAAUUAAGGCUGCACGUGCCUCGUCAGCUUUACAGUCAUUCCAGUCAAACGAACGCAAAAAGAAAGAUCGCAAAACUGUACGCAUAGCUGGCGGCACUGUCUGGGAGGAUCCUUCCCUAGCAGAUUGGCCUGAUGAUGACUUUCGUAUAUUUUGUGGUGAUUUAGGCAAUGAUGUUAAUGAUGAGUUAUUAACGCGCACGUUCAAUAAAUAUCCAUCAUUUCAAAGAGCACGCGUUAUACGUGAUAAGCGCACUGGAAAGAGUAAGGGUUUCGGGUUCGUUAGUUUUCGUGAACCUGCAGAUUUUAUACGCGCUAUGAAGGAAAUGGAUGGACGUUAUGUUGGUAGCCGUCCCAUUAAGUUGCGUAAAAGUACUUGGAGGCAACGCAGUCUUGAUAUUGUUAAGAAAAAGGAACGUGAGAAGCAGUUACUAUUACAAUCUUUUAAUACAUAAAUUCUAUUUAUUCAAUUUGUGCGAAUUUUAGUAUGAAUCUAGUUGUGUUUGGCAAAAAAAAACUUUUGGACAAUAAACAGUCAUUAUUUUUUUUUUGGCAUUCGUUUGUAUUUAUAUUCGUUUUCGGAUCUUGCAUACGUAUAUGAUAUUACGAAAAUCGUAGUUAAAUGCAUUACACAAGUGAAGCUAUUGUCCAACAAUUCAGCCAAUUCUUAAAGAACUAUAGUUUCAAGUCCCAUAUAUAUGGACAUUUGGGUUCGAUAUGUUUACACAUGAGUUUAGGUAAAAUUCGAUUGACUUGGACAUAUUAAUUUUUUUAGG